CUGCUUCUUCAACAUUCACUCUCCACUCUUCUACACUUCCUUCCCCACAUUGGUUUCCUUAGAGAUCAACUGGCUGUCAACCUCCUACCUCUCCAUGGCUUCGGUUAUUGAAUACGGUUGGCGGUAUCUGAUUACACAUUUCAGCGACUUCCAACUGGCAUGUCUGGGAAGUUUCUUGCUUCAUGAAAGUGUAUUUUUCUUCUCUGGGCUUCCAUUUAUUUUUCUGGAAAGGGCUGGGUUGCUGAGCAAGUAUAAGAUUCAGACCAAAAACAACAGCCCUGCUGCCCAGGAGAAAUGUAUCACCCGAUUGUUGCUGUAUCAUUUUUGUGUCAAUCUACCAGUUAUGAUUGCCUCCUAUCCUGUCUUCAGAUACAUGGGCAUGCGAAGUAGUUUUCCAUUGCCGUCCUGGAAAGUUGUUUCGACUCAGAUAAUAUUCUAUUUCAUCCUGGAGGAUUUUGUGUUUUACUGGGGGCAUCGUGUUUUACAUACAAAAUGGUUAUACAAACAUGUGCACAGUGUUCAUCAUGAAUAUGCUACACCAUUUGGACUGACAUCUGAACAGUUGAGGCACAUUGUGGCUACCAUUUCCCAUGGAGCCUCUCAAAUUUCGUUCUUCUCUAUGGAGGUGCUGAUUUUCAUGACUACCAUCAUCGUUUGCUUUAUACCAAAUCUGGCAACUACUCAUCUACAUUUGUAUACAUGGACUGGAUAUUUGGUACGGAUGAGGGUUACAGAAAAUUGAAGGCAUUAAAGAAAACUGGAUUCAAAGAAGGCAGCAAGCAAACAUAGACGGCAGACAUAAAAUCAAUUUUCCUGAAGUAUGCAUGAGAAGGAAGGGAUCCUGAUUUGGAGCAUCUUGGAAAAGGUCUGGUUUUAUAUCCUUGGUUCAUCUUGUGUGCAGCAAUCAGCUUUUCAUGUUUAAUUGCUGUUGAUGUGAUAAUUUGGAAUCAUUGGAUAGAUUUCUUUAGACAUUUUGCAACCCUCCUUUUUUCCCUGCAUGAAUGAAGCUGUUUUCCUAUUCUCAACCUCUUUUAUAAAGCACCCAGCUACUCUGCUGUCCAUUAUUGGAUAGUGAAAGGUUAAUUUCUUAUUAACCAUUUUAAAGACUGUGUCUUUCUGCCAUUUGAUCUCAAAGAUGUGAAUGAUAUACUGUAAUCAACAUUCCUUUUCUGCCGGGUUGAUGUCAUGGUUCUUGUUGGGAAAUUUUGUUGAAAAUUAUUCAGCUGAUAUCAUAAGGGUGAAAAGAAUUGAAAUGCUCAAAGGUGAUGAUCUCAAAUUACGGGAGGAGGGUCACAUGCAUUAACCCAAAUUUUCUUUUUUCUACGUAGGGGUUAUUGACGAGAAUGGUCCGAUUUGACACAAGUAUAUGAGGCUUUCCAUCCAUUAUGUGAUUUAUCAUUUGUCCAGCUCUCCCACCAAACUUUUUGUUUGAAUUUACUGUUUCUAUAAAUCAUGUGUGUUUGA